AUGAAGAUGUGCGCAGUGGCCUUGUGCCUGUGCCUCCUUGCAGCGGCAGUAUGGUUGGGCCUCUCAAUGACAACAUCGGAGUCCUCUGGAGGAGGUGGAGGAGGUGGAGGAAGUGGAGGAGGAGGUGGAGGAGGAUCCGGAAAAGGAAAAAAAUGUGCUCCUACACCCUUGCCAAAAGCAGACGUCUCACUGUGCCGGAACCUUGAAGUUUCCUACCCAGAGUUGGGGAACAUCAGCUGCCAAAUUGUUCCCAAGUGCAAUCAGUACAGACAGAAGAUCACAAGAUGGCCCCAGCCGAAAGUCAAGUUUCCUGCUGCCUUGGAUGGUUCAUACUACGUGCUGGUGAUGGUGGAUCCAGAUGCUCCCAGCAGGGCAGACCCCAGGAUGAAAUACUGGAGACACUGGGUGGUGUUCAACGUCAAAGGUGCCGACAUGAAAACUGGGAACAUCCGGGGCAGUGUGGUAACAGACUAUGACCCUCCUACCCCCCCACCAACCACUGGUUUACACCGCUACCAGUUCCUGGUCUUUCUUCAGGGAACUUCAACCAUCUCUGUCCCCUACAAAGAAAACGGAAAUCGAGGCCCUCAGCUUCCUCGCCAGAAAGAUGAGGCGCUCACUGGCAUCCAACCUACAGACAUCUUGCCCUGGGGCUUCCUGGAGGAGUGGAAUACAGAUUGGGCCUUGACUAGCGCUAUGAGAGAUGUAGCCAUGCUAGAACCAGAUGCUGUGGCCCCCAGGGUGAAUAGGCAGGGACAGCGUCUGGAGGCCGAAGGGGAGAGCCAAGUCAACAUUAUCAGCACCUUGGCCAACCUCUUCUCCACCAGCUCUUGGCAGAAGCAGUGGCCUCUUAGCAAAGCUACUCCAACUGCUUCUGCAGCUCAGGAUAUAAACACCAGAGGCUGCCUCCCCCUCGAAGCCUCUGACGGUGUGCUCACCACCCUGCCUUGUGCCAAGAAGAACCCUGACGGCUACCAGGGUGCCUGGCAAAUGGAAGAUUUUCUGCAGAACUACCAGAUGCAACAGCCCCAAACAAGCACCCAGUUCAUGACUGAGUUUGAUGGGGCUUUUAAUAGAAUGAACGAGGCCAAAGGCCAAUUUAGUGACAGAUAA